UAAUGUAGAUCGGCGGGAUCUCAAAACAAUUAAUAAUAAUAAUAACAGGUGUUUCAGUUGUAAUUAAAAGAACAGUGAUGUUUGACGAUUAGAUCUAUACCAAUGUGACAUUGGAUUUCAAUUAGAUCUAGAUUCUAGAUCUAGUAGUUUACUAAGAAAUAGAAUCAACAAAAUGGCUCCCAUCCCUGUGCUGAUGAUCCUGUAUAGCAGUGAUGCUGUUGAAGUUCGUUAUUCUGAUGGGUCGGUCUUGGAGCUGUCACCUUGUGGUUCUACUAUGAUUCAUCAUCAACCUGCCCCAAAGGGAGAGCAUCCCAUUCAUGAGCUAACAAAAAAGAUUCAGAAGCGUACAAGGUAUGUGACCAGUGAACACAGAAACAAAGUACUCCAGGCCCUUGAUUUUAGGAACAGAUUUGCUGACAGACCGUAUCUGUGUGAGGAGUUAAUGUCCAAGGAGGAAAUUUUGACAUUGUAUGCAAAGAUUGACCGCAUUGCGUGGCCUAAAGCAGCGGAGGCAAAGAUUGAAGUCUUGCCCGAUGGAAGCAGGAGGAUAACCUCUGUGGAUGAGUACGCCAGCCUGAUUGUCUCCCCUCAUGGCCAGGACUUCACAGUCUGCUAUCUGUCACAGAUUAGUGCAGACAAGAAAAAACACAAACACACAUUCACACAGUCAGCUGACUCAAGUCACUCUCCACAACCACCUUUCAGGAAAACACAAAAGUCCCUGUGUGUUCAUUCAAAGGGAAAUUCACACGGAAAAUUACCUGGAGAAUAUCAAGAUGAUUUGGAUAAUCCCAGGGCUAACGAAGCAGUAGUCCAUCCCUUUAAGACGGUAGACCAAAAGCAUUUACAGGACACAAAUAGAAACUCAAAUAUGAACAAUUUAUCACAAGGUCCAGAUUUUUAUGUUAAUCAACUGAAAGAAAUGGUAAUUAACCAAUCUUCAGAUAGAGAAAAUUUCACUGGAUCUAUGCACAAUCCAUCUUUAAACACAAAGGUCUCCUCAAAAUCUCCACAAACAGACCCUACAGUGAAGCCAGACUUGGCUCAGCCUGUUGCACUUGACAGUGUGAACAACGACAGUGUAGUUGUAGCCAAACCUCAGACACCCAGAGUUGUCCCCCCUUUUGCCACAGGCUCCCCAAACUCCCACGAAAUCUCCAGCAUCAGCCGCUCCUCCACCCCUGAUGGGUUGAGGACCAUUGUUGACUCCGACGCAACCCUGACCCACGACAGCACGGCCGACUCCCACUCAAAGGGUGUGUCGUAUAAACAACGACACAGCUCGCCAACGCACUACACAUCAAGCCCUUUUGAGAACCCUGAGCCUUUGAACACCAAGAAAAGAAAUAGAUUCACAGCCGAUGUAUCACUUAGUGGUUCGUUCUUAGGCAACCAGAAAGAAAUAGUCCAGCCGGUUGAAGAUAAGUGUCCAGCUGGAACUGACCAGCGUCCAGCGUAUAGUAACCAGUGUCCACCUUAUAGUGACCAGCAUCCACCUUAUAGUGACCAGUGUCAAGCUGGAAAUGACCAGCAUCCAGCUUAUACUGACCAGCGUCUAGCUUAUAGUGACCAGUGUCCAGCUGGAACUGACCAGCGUCUAGCUUAUAGUGACCAGUGUCCAGCUGGAACUGACCAGUGUCCAGCUUAUACUGACCAGCAUCUAGCUUAUAGUGACCAGUGUCCAGCUGGAACUGACCAGCGUCAGAUCAAUACUCACCAGCCUCAAACUUCUCACACUAAUCCAGACCAGGAUUCUACUCUAAAAAAUAGUUCCGGAACAUUCUCACCAGACAGCUUAGAGAUCCAAAAAACUUUACUGGCUGGCUCAGCUCAGACAAGCAGUCCAGGUCAUGCCAAAACAUUGUCUGGUGAAAAGUAUGACAGUCACAUAGAAAAGAGACAAACAGCAUUGUCUACAGACAUUAAGGAGAACUUGGGGCUAGAGCUCACAGAUGCAGAGAGUGGGAGUGUAGAAAGACACUUUUACGUGUGGUCGACCAAGCACGGUUCAAGAAGUGACUGCUCUGUUGAGUGGUCCUACCCUCUCAAGCUGGCUAUUGAAGGCAGACUAAAACAAAGUGCAGAUUAUUCUACCUCCCGCCCCACCCAGGAAGAGCUUCAAACAGCAAAGGUCAUAGGUCACUCUAGAGACACUGACUACAGCCACACCCAGGUGCCCCUCCCCCUGCCCCUAACCUGCCCCUUCCAACACAAAGACAAGGAAUUCCUGAACCAGCUUGAGGAAUCUAUGGCUGAAUCCUCAGACAGCGGGUUCCAACGUGGCAAACUCAAAGUCAUUAUUUCAGAGAGCGUUGUUUACCGUCUUGUACAGUGUGGGGACAUCAAAAUGAUUGAAGUCUACCCUGGGGAUGGGAGUGUUCUGGUCUCUCAAGGUGUCAAGGGACAUUUCUAUGUUCAUUAUGUUUUGGUUGGAGAGCAGCUAGAAGAAAGAACAUACUCAUUGAAAUCUCUGCCUCCUGGUAAACCAAAGGGCAGAUACUCAUUGGAAAAACUGAUCAAAACAGCAAACAGGUUUUUAUCAAUGAACAACCAAUGGGAUGUGAGGGGGAUUAGUGAGAAAUCUCCUUGCUGGAAGAAAGAAAUUGUUGCUGUUGUUGAGCCAUUAUCAUCCUCCUUGCUUGAAGAGUGCUGUGUUGAAGGCCUGGGGAAAUUUUCUGCUUUCACAAAUGGAAGAGUUCGAGUAGUGUUUGAAGACAGGGCAGCUUUAGACCUGGUUUGCAAUUUUCAACGGCGUUUGUCUGAAUGCCUGCAACACAGUAGAGAGUUACAAACAUCUCUGCCAGGUGCGGAGAUGGUGACCCCACCACUGACCACCACAGAUUCUGUUAUUGGUACCAGUUCAGCUCGACUCCUCCUUCCCUCUGGGAGAUACGUCACAGUGGACUGUCUUAACCCCGGGCCUUACAAAAAGUACAUUCAGGCAGCACACGAAUGGGCCAUGUGGGUCAACGCCUCGCCCCUAGAGCGUCAACACUUCUACACACAACUCUACGCACCAGCUAUUAUCCAACAGGUGGUUGACAGUGAGUUGAAGAGAAUAAACUGCUUCAAAUACAUGCUGGAGCACACCAUAGCCAAACAGAAUCAAAGUAAAUCAAAUCAGCUGGCACAAUCUGCCAACAAAAACAGCUCUUACAAACCUGCAAUAGCAGCUAGUUCUCAAAAUUCUAAUAUGGGACAUUUUAACACAAAAGAUCCAUUACUGAGAGAUCAUAUUCCUUCAGUGCAUGAUCAGUCCUACCCUCCAUCAAAUUUAAGAAGUCAGACACAUCCAAUGCAUGACCAGUCCUACCCUCCAUCAAAUUUGAGAAGUCAGACACAUUCAAUGCAUGACCAGUCCUACCCACCAUCAAAUUGUACAAGCCGGACACAUCCAGCUUAUGACCAUAUCCGCCAUCCACCAAUGUUGAAUGAUCCAACAUAUCCUUCAUCCGUCCAUCCCCACCGUCCAUCAAAGCUCAGAUGGUCCAACACAAAAGAGGAUGAAAUUCUGCAAGGUUUUCAAAAUGUCAGACAAGUUCUUUUACAGAACUCAAAUCUCAUUCAAGACAUUGACAAUUUUUUGGAAAAGAGCAAAUCAUCCUAGCAAGAUCAUUGAUAAUUAAAUCUUAUAG